AUGGACGAGUUGAAACUCGAAAGAGUCAAAGGACUCACACAAAGCGAUAUUGCCGGGCUAGACUUCAGCUUCAGGAUUAAGGCCGAAGUUGCGAAGCCCAUCAGUCAGCUGGAGAGUGACUUGCCCUUUCAGACAUCCCCGCUACCCGAGAGGGUCAAAGAUUUCGGCUUCAACGAGGAGGAGUUGCACGGCGCGGAUGGCCUGAACAAAGUUAUUUUUGUUCUCAAGGCCGAGGACGGUCGUGUAUAUGGAUACGCUGUUGCGUCAAAAAAUUGGAACAGGAUGGUAUCGCUAGACUUUAUUGGGUUGGAUGUGAGCAUGCGAGGCUGUGGCAAUGCACUGCGCCUGCUGGGGGCUGUCAAAGAUUGGACGCGUGAAAUCGGUCUCAGUGCACUUCGCAUCGAGGGUCAAUCAAACAAUAUUGCGGCUUGUCGCUUUUACAAAAAGGCUGGCAUGGUCUUUGCAGGCUACGACGAGCAUCUCUACAGCGCGAUCCCGGAGAGCAGAGGCGAGAUCGCCGUCUUUUUCUACGCGUUGCUAGACUAG